AGCGGAAACCAGGUUAUUAGCUUCAGGAAAUCAGUUGGUGGAAGAAAAAAGCUUUUCUUUCUGUUACCAACCUUGCCUAGCGCAUACACUCAAACAUACACUGGAGCAGCAACAAACUGUUGCCAAUGGACCCUCGGAUUACAAUAUUUGAUUGCGGGUUUGUGCCCCGCUAGCACGCCCGGGUGCCGAAGCGCCGGGUCGGAACCAGUACAGAAACAGGCCCAGGCGGACGGACAUAACCAGCGCAGCGUUGUGCGACACCGGCGGGCUGGUGUGUGUGGGAAUUGGUAUGCUGUUUUUCGGACAAGUGUGAUGUGAAUCACUUGACUUGCUGUCUGUAACUAGGCAGCAAGUUUGCCGAUGCCUUGGCACUUCUGUUUUAUCAGAUCCUAUGUAAAGGCUUGAGGGCUCGAGCAUGGGACAGCGUGAAUCUAGCCAGAAGCGAGUUAGCUUUGAUGCUAGCUAACGCCAGAGUUGACGGGAACGGCCAUCAACUUUUACUUGCUAAUUAGAUAGGUAGCAUAAAAUACAAUACAGCGAGUAUGAGCGCUACACUCGAGUUUAUGUGAGUGAAGAAGAGUUCUUUUAUAUCGCCUUACAUUUGCUUGUUCGCUUGUUAGCUCUUUAAAAGCCCCGAUAAAUGUUUCUGGAGCGAGUAUAGCAGUGUAGCUAAGUCGUUAGCUGCUACAUUAGACUUCCUCGACCGCCCCAAUGAAAGAAUACAAAGUGGUCGUGCUGGGCAGCGGCGGCGUCGGCAAGUCCGCGCUGACCGUCCAGUUUGUCACUGGCACUUUCAUCGAGAAAUACGACCCGACCAUCGAGGACUUUUACCGAAAGGAGAUCGAGGUUGACUCGUCGCCCUCCGUGCUGGAAAUCCUCGACACCGCGGGGACGGAGCAGUUCGCCUCCAUGAGAGAUCUGUACAUAAAGAACGGACAGGGGUUCAUCCUGGUCUACAGCCUGGUCAACCAACAGUCAUUCCAGGAUAUCAGACCAAUGCGAGACCAAAUAGUGCGAGUGAAGCGCUUUGAGAAGGUGCCGUUGAUCCUGGUUGGGAACAAAGUUGAUCUGGAAUCUGAGCGUGAGGUCGCUGGGUCAGAUGGACGAGCUCUGGCUCAAGAGUGGGGCUGCCCUUUCAUUGAAACGUCUGCCAAGAGCAAGACUAUGGUGGACGAGCUGUUUGCAGAGAUUGUCCGACAGAUGAAUUAUUCCACCCUGCCAGAGAAGCAGGAACAGUGCUGCACAGCCUGUGUGGUACAGUGAGGAAGAGAAACAUCUUUUGUCUGGAUUACCACAAGGAUUUUACCGAACCAUGAACCUGGAGACAGCCUACUGACAAAAACUUGCCGCAGCUGGUAAAGUUUCUGUUUAUAGUGGUUUCUGAUUGUCUAUCACAGAUCGUCUGACAGGAAAGACGUCAGUCCUAUUUUUGAUAUCAUAACUGUUAAAAGACAUUUCUGCUGCAACCUCAACAGCCUUUGCGAUGACCCAGGAUGGAGUCAGACAGACAGACUUGUAAUGAACAAGAAUGGCCAUCUGUGAAUUUCAGUCUUCUUUUUUUCCCCCUCUUUUUAGUCGGAAGUAUCUCUGAAAUAAUGAGCAGGAGUAUUUGUGAGGUUGCAGCUUCUUUUUAAAGCUGCUUUAAUCGCUAUUAUAUACUUUAUUAUUACUUGUAUUAUGUGUCAAGUUUGGAAUUUGACAGAGUAUUUCAUAACAUGCAAACAUUUUGACUUUUAAGCAUGUAUACUUCGACCAGUUUGCUGCCCAGGUAUACUGUUCGUUUUAUUUCGGAAAUAUUGUUUAAAAUAGUUUUUCUGACACAAACAACAGUGCUGUGUGCCACAGUGUGACUUUUAGGAUGUACGACUUUGUAGAUUAAACCUGUAACGUUUAAGGUAUAUCAACAGACGGCCACCAGUCCACUCUGCUGCCCUGUGGUUUAAGCAUUUCCAUCACCGCAGUAGCCUGAAGCAGCUAAACUCACCGGGAAACAUGCAUGCUCAAAAUUGAAAAUGUUCAACUAAGUCAACUUGAAGUGAUGAGGAAGAGCCAUUUUACUGCUUUUUAGCCUGAAUUCUGUCGGUCUCUACAAGGCAUGAAUAGUGUGGACGCAGGUCUUCCAUUUUCUGUUUUUCUCGAGGAGUUUCUGAGAGAGAGUGAUUUUGGAACGACCAAAGGAAGCUCACGGUGCAUAUUUGUGUUUGACUACAUGACGUGUGUUGCUUUUAAUUCAGGAGAUGCUGAUUUUUUUGUCAUCAAAUACUCUCGCUGCAAUGUGGUUUGAUAAAAGUUCUGGCACAGUUAAUCAGAUUUUACUUUGCAUUUUUCUUCUCUUUAUAGUAACCUAUUUAUUAAUGACUAAUGACAAGAGUAGCCAGUUUUAAACUUUUAAUCUUAUGCUAGUUUUUCCUUUUUGUGACUUUUCAGGAUACGUGGUAAAUUUUUUUUUUUCUUUUUUUGAAGCUGAGGAUUUAACAGAGCCUUAAAUAAUUUCUGUUGCA